AUGUACCUUCAUUUGAAAGGCAUGACUCCAUCAGAAAUCCAUGAAGAUAUGGCGAGAACCUUAACAGACAAUGCUCCUUCAUAUGCAACAGUCAAGCGCUGGGUAUAUGAAUUCAAGCGUGGCAGGGUGAGUAUGGAAGAUGAUCCCAGACCAGGGAGACCUCCAACUGUAACCGUCAAGGACAACCUUGACCUUGCUCUUGGUAUGAUAAUGCAAGAUCACCAAAUAUCAUGUCGUCAAAUAGCUGAGAGACUGGGCAUCUCAACUGAAAGAGAAGACACCAUUGUGACAAAAGAACUUGGGUUCUCAAAGGUUCCUGCAAGGUGGGUCCCUCGCCUUUUGAUUCCUGAACAGAAACGCACCAAGUGCACUUUAUCCGAGAAGCACUCAAAGUAA